GUUGCAAUGUUGAUCCUUGGACUGACGCACUGGUGACAUUAAACUUUAAAUGUCGUCCUGAUUGAAAGUGCAGUCGUUUUGGUUGAAUAAAAUUCCUUGAGUAAAUCUGUCUCUCGGAGGGCGGACGGUUAUCUGUCACGUGAGUGGCAAUGUUGCCGGUCGUGGUGGUCCACGGAGGGGCAGGUGUUGUACCCAAGGAGCGAUCUGAGACGUCCAUGUCCGGGGUGUGCUCUGCCGCCCGGGCGGGGUACGUGGUCCUGCAGGCUGGAGGCAGCAGCAUGGACGCCGUGGUGGAGGCUGUGACCCAUCUGGAGAACAACCCGUCCUUCAAUGCCGGUUGUGGGUCGAUCCUGAAUGUCAAUGGGGACGUGGAGAUGGACGCCCUGGUCAUGGACGGGAAGAUGUUAGCCAGCGGUGCCGUUUCAGCGGUUCGGUACAUUGCUAACCCGAUCCAGCUGGCCAGACUCGUGAUGGACAAGACCGACCACGCCUGCCUGACAGCAGACGGAGCCAGCAAGUUUGCCCGGACCAUGGGGGUCCCUGAGGUCUCUCAGGAGUCCCUCAUCACUGAGUACUCUCGCAUGCGCUGGAGGAAGAACAUGGCUCCUGGUGCCAACCCUGUGGAGAGCCAAAUGGGGAAGAUGGGCACGGUGGGAGCAGUCGCUCUGGACAGUCACGGGAACGUGGCGUGUGCGACGUCGACAGGCGGAAUCCUCAACAAGAUGGAAGGUCGAGUGGGCGACACGCCGUGCAUUGGGAGCGGAGGCUAUGCCGACAACAGCCUGGGAGCUGUUUCCACCACGGGACACGGCGAGGCCAUCAUGAAGGUCACCCUGGCCAGACUGGUCCUCUUCUACAUGGAACAAGGCCAGACAGUGACAGCGGCCAGUGACUCGGCCCUGGCCCACAUGAAGUCCAGAGUGUCGGGGCUGGGCGGGGUGGUGACUCUGGAUCCACAGGGCAACUGGACGGCUCGAUUCUCCAGCCAGCAGAUGGUGUGGGCGGCGGCUCAGAGCGACACUCUGCACUACGGACUGUACGCUGGCGAGCACUUCACCCAGAGCGUCCACGAACCUCAGUAGUUAGUCAGGUGGUCAAUCGCCACAGGAGAACUCAGGAACUUGAUGUUAUCAGAAUAGCCUCAUCAUCGUUUUUACUUGGAUGUUGCUGUUGUUGUAUGAACAAAAUCACCUGUUGCAUUGAUUCUGAAGCAUAAAUCAACAGUUGGUUUCAUCAGGUGUGUUGUCUGGACAUGUUUGUCAACACUGUUUGAGUGGUUGUCAGUACAUUUGUGUAUGUUCAGUACAUUUUUGUUCUUUUUUUUAGGCAAAUGUGCAGAGUUACUUCUUCAGUUAAAAGCUUGAGGCCUCCUGAACACCAUUUAUGCAAAUGUUGCAUCUUAAAUCCCACUGAAAACAGGUUUUAAUAUAUAUUUUUUACA